AUGCACAUAUUGAAGAAGAAGUGCGAUGAAGCCCGCCCGCAGUGCUCCCGAUGCGCCGAGCGUGCUCAGGAAUGCUCCUACGAGCCGGUCAAGCCUCGUCAACGCAAGAAGCGUGACUCGAUCGCCGGGUUUGGCUCCGAUACCGCCUCUCAAGUGAGCGGAUCUGCCGUUAUUCGACGUUAUUCGGCCCCCGAUGCCACCAUGCGACGCUGGAAGGAGGAAUCCCUGGACGACGAAGACGACGUGGCUGUGGAGGAGGCCAUUUUGGAGGAGCCCGGAGAGAAUGGCGACCCCCUCGUCUUUGACUUCAAGAAGAUGUUCGCAAUACACCACGACAAGGACGACGUUCCCCUAGUCUCCCCAGUUGACUCCGUCGCCUUCGAUUUGUCGCUGGAAGAUGCAGAUGAAGAAGUCGUCCGUCGCGGCUCGGUGCAGCGCAACGCCAUAUCGCACAUGGCCGUCACUCGGGCGCAGCGCCACCCGGACCUAGCCAUGAUCGCGCCCGUCCCCGUGGCGUCGCCACGCCUCGAGUUCCUGUUCCCGACGUUCUCCGAGUUUUCGGAUCGGCCGAAUCGGCGGGCAUUGGUCGACCAUUUCACCAACGUCAUGUCGCAUCUGAUUGUGCUGCGAGAGACUGAGGCUGGAAACCCGUUCCAGCAGCUGGUCUUGCCGCUUUGUCACAGCAGUUCGACAGUGACGAAUGCCAUCUACGCGCUUGCGAGUGCGCAUCUAGAGAACAGAGGCUGCGGACAUGCUGAAGAGAAAGCCGUCUACUUCCACAAUCAGGCCAUUCAAGGCUUGGCCCGGUUGAUCGAGCUUGGUGGGGAAGCGAACAAAAACGAGCUUCUAGCCACCAUCAUGUUGUUGGUAUACUACGAAGUUCUUGUGCAACAAAACCGAUCCAACAUUGUCGAUGGCCAUCUAAAAGGCGCUAUCGCAAUCAUGAAUGGUGGCAGCGACAAUUCCAACCCUACCACUGCCUUCCUUGAACGUCGAUUCUUAUCUGACAACAUCUCAGGCGUUUCGCUUCUACGACGUUAUCGCGGCGCUCUCUUUCGGCACGGCUCCCCUCUCCACGGCACCGGCAACAGGCUGCCUCAUCCCUCUUCCGCCCCUUGGUUCCCCUACUUCGUCGCCCUCGGAUCUGUCGAUACGCUGCUCGGCUUUUCCACAACCCUGUGGCCCAUCAUUCAUCGCCUCUCCAACCUUCUAGCGCUGAAGAAUGAGCUGCAGACGGCUAUUGCUAACGGCCAAAUGACCAAGGUAGCUGUUCUCCGCAGCGAGUUUGAAACCACAUCAGACGCCAUCGAGCACGCUCUCAAGCAAUGGCAGCCCAGCUUCCCUCCAGGGUUUUCGCCUGAUACUAUGGACGACGUGUCGUCAGACGAGUCAGAGCUGGCCGCCGAGCGCGCUCGCCUACACUCAAUCCUCAACAACGCUCUGGCCUACCGCCACUCGGCUUUUGUGUAUCUCUACCGCAGCAUCUACGGUUACCCGCGACGCCAUCAUCUGGUGCAACACCACACGCACACUGCGCUACAUCAUUGCGCUGCAACAGUCAACCAUGCUGGCCCGAUGGCCGCUCUCCUAUGGCCACUCUUUGUCGCGGCUUGUGAGGCCAUCAACCCCAGCGACAGAGAAUUGGCACGGCAGGCGUUUGUGGCGGUUGAGCGCAGACAGGGUAUGACGAACAUCCAGCGUGCCUGGACCAUCGCGCAGGAGGUUUGGAGACGCGCAGACAUGAUUGACGACCACGCCACAUAUGAAGACCACGCCAUCAUGAUGUCCACACCUAGCCAACGGCUUGGCAAGGGGGCUGACUUGUGGAGGCGUGUCAGCGAGGACAUGGGCGUCACGAUCGUCUUUGGUUGA